GCCGUGCGCGGUUGUCACUGUGCACGGAUCUACCGGGGUUCCGGCAUGCCGGGCCGGCUUCUUGUUGCCGCCUCCCGGUUGCCUUCGCACCAUGGAAUGCCUGCGUUGCCUGCCCAGGCUGCUUCCCCGCGCCGUGCAGUCCCGGCGGGCCCUGUGUGCGGCGCCCCUGAGCCCCGCUGCCUGCUGCGGUCGCGCGACCCCGCUGCUCUCCGGGAGCCAACCGAGCUCGCCCUGCGCUGCAGGUAAUGUUCACCGGUCUAGAACCUCCGAUGCCUCUCAAGCUACUUUAGCCAGCGUGGCCCAGGUGUUUGCUGUGACAAAGUUUGACAAAGAUGGAAAUGUUACUUCUUAUGAGAGGAAGAAAACUGAGUUGUACCAUGAAUUAGCACUCCAGGCCAGAGACUUGAGGUUUCAGCAUGUGAUGAGCAUCACGACCAGGAACAACAGGAUUAUCAUAAGGAUGGAGUAUUUGAAGGCUGUGAUAACUCCAGAGUGUCUUAUGAUACUAGAUUAUCGGAAUUUAAACCUGGAGCAGUGGCUGUUCCGGGAACUGCCAUCCCAGCUGGCUGGAGAAGGUCAGCUCGUCACAUACCCGUUGCCGUUUGAGUUCAGAGCUAUUGAAGCACUCCUGCAGUAUUGGAUCAACACCCUUCAGGGGAAACUUAGCAUCCUGCAGCCACUGAUCCUUGAGACCCUGGAUGCAUUAGUGGACCCUAAGCACUCGUCUGUCGACAGAAGCAAACUGCAUGUCCUACUCCAAAAUGGCAAAAGUCUCUCCGAGUUAGAAACAGACAUCAAAAUUUUCAAAGAGUCAAUUUUGGAGCUUUUGGAUGAGGAAGAGAUGCUGGAAGAACUCUGUCUAACCAAGUGGAGUGACCCACAGGUCUUUGAAAAGAGAAGUACUGGGAUUGACCAUGCAGACGAGAUGGAACUGCUGCUAGAAAACUACUACCGGUUAGCUGAGGACCUUUCCAAUGAGGCUCGGGAGCUUCGGGUCCUGAUUGAUGACUCGCAGAGCAUCAUCUUCAUCAAUCUAGACAGCCAUCGCAAUGUGAUGAUGAGGUUAAAUCUACAACUAACCAUGGGAACCUUCUCUCUUUCACUCUUUGGACUAAUGGGAGUUGCUUUUGGCAUGAAUUUGGAAUCUUCCCUUGAAGAGGACCACCGUGUGUUUUGGCUGAUUACAGGGAUUAUGUUUAUGGGAAGUGGCCUCAUCUGGAGGAGGUUGCUUUCUUUCCUUGGAAGACAGCUGGAAGCCCCUUUGCCCCCUAUGAUGGCCUCCUUACCUAAAAAGACCCUUCUGGCAGAUAGAAGGAUGGAAGUGAAAAACAGCCUCAGGGCGGAAGGACUCGGAACAAGCAGAACUGUCCUGGCAAGCCGCUAACAGCAACUUUUUAUGCUUCUGAAGCUAUUACCACUCUAAGGGGUCGGGGGGACUGCUAUUUAAAUUAUGUCUGACUUAAAAAUACUGUGGCAUUCACAAUACUAAAGCAUGAUUGCGUCUUCAGAAUUCUGUGAGACAAAGUGCUUCUUUGUAAAAGGCCAAAAUUCUAUGUCCUACCAACCUUGAAUACUGUUUUUAUGGGCUUCUUAAAGUAUAGAUUAAUUUAUUGUGAGAUAGACUUGUCUAGACUCAGUGCUGUUAUACAUAUGAAGAAAAGUGCAGCUCCAUGCUAAAGGAGCCCAGGAACCUGGCAGAGCCUAUAGUACCAGAGCUCAUGGGCUGCAGUUUUUCAGACAGGGAGUCAUGUUCCUAUCAACUUCUGACUCGGGGGAAAAAAGCUGAUGCAUCUGUUAGCCUUGCAAUGAAGUCCGUAAUGUCAGCCCUUGAUAGAACCUUAUUUUCAGGUAUCUGUUCUCUUUUAUAUAUAAGACAAGUAGAAGGGAAAUAUAAUUUAAUAUCCACAUACAUGGAUUCUGGUAAAUCAAGAUACUAUUUUUCUCUGAUUGGUUAUAAAUAGAACCUUUGAAAGUAAAGUUGAAAGGAAGUGUUUAUUCUCUUACAAUUUUAUAGCUGUUUUGAUCAUUGCCUUAUUUAAGAGAUUGUCGUGCUGUACUGCUCCCCAAAGGAAAUAUAUGCAGCCAGCUACUCUGUUUGCCCAUCUCUCUAAAAUUAGCAGGUGGGUUUGUCAAACAAGAGGAUAGUUACUCUAAGAACGGUGGGAAUGUUAUCAUCCCAAUCAGAAGUUUGCAUUUAAAACAAAUGACAAAGCAGGACAUGGUUGGUCCUUCACUGUAAUUCCGGUCCUUGAAAGGCUGCAGCAGGAGGAUUAUGUAGAGGUAGAGACCAGCCUGGGCUCAGUGAAUUCUGGGUCAGUAGAGGUUUGGCAUGAGUUCCAGGCCCACUUGGACUGUAAAGUAAGACCCUGUUUCUCAAACACUAAAUAAAUGGGACUGGGGUACUGCUCAUUGUUAGAGUGCCCACCCAGCAUGGACAAAGCUGUGGGGUCAGCUCCCUAGUACCACAGUAAAUAACCAAGUUGUUGAUGCCUGUAAGUCUGAAAGCUGCCAUCCUAAUAACAUUCUGCCCACCUUUGCGUUUUUUCUAGAGGCUUCAUUGAGUUGUGUGCUAGAACAUUAAUUACAGUUAGUGUGCUUCCAGAAGUAGAGCACUUGUAAGAUUGUAAUAAGACCGGAGCAGCUCUUAGCCUACAGAGUAGGAAUAGGAGAAGUAUACCCACCCCAGAUGUUGUGUGUGCCCAAUUACCCUAAUGCGUCCCACAAGAAUGUCAGAUUCAUUUAUUGGGUGAUUUAGUAAUGGGAAUAAGAAUGUUAUUCCAGUAGAAAACAGAAUGUUACAAGUGAGCUCCAUUGCUGUGUGGGACUGUGAGAAGCUGGCCUGGUGUCCCAGCCGUGAUAUGCUAGAGUGUGACCCCGUGGAAACUGUAGGAGCUGAUCCUUUGAUAGUGUCCAAGAUCAUCUUUGAUGACUCGUGGCUUCCACAGCACCCAUCAUAAGUAGACCCAAACCUGCCGUGAUUGGUCUUACACUGUCUUGGGUUUUGCUGGACUGAGGUACAUGAAUUGAAAUCCAUUUGACCCCAGGUCACAUAGGAUAAAAUUCAUUUUUUCCCUGUAGUGUUAGUUUAUAAGUUUGAGUAAAGUAAUUGUCUUAAUUAGUCAUGUACCUCCUAGCAGUAACUACUUCUCCAGUCAGAUAAAAGGACAGAACUGGCAGUUUGUACAUUUCAAAGGUGGUUAUGUCUGGGAGGAUUUUUGAGUGUAACUGCUACUUAAAGGAAAUGUUGUAAAGUAUCAAAUACUAAGUUAUAUGAUUGAGCAAGCAGCAGUCACAUCCUAUGUGAAGCAUCAGCAAGGGGGUAUGGUACUUUUUUUUCUUCUUAAUGAGGGAAAAUUGCUCUGGAGGGCUGCCAUCUUUAAGGUAAUUAAUUCUCUUGGUGACACACGCACGAUGGAGUUCUGUGCAUCAGAGGCUAUUUUGAGUUCAGGCCAGGAGGAGUGCUAACAUCGUGCUCUUGGAACCCAGGUUCGAAUUAGAUUUUGAGGCCAACCUUUCUUCCUGUCAGCAACACAUAAAUGCAAACCCAUCCGAGCUCUAGCUUCGGGUAUGGAGGUACAGCCCGAAUGCUCUUUUGACAGGGACGUGGGAUUUCAGCGUGGAAUUCCAUUUUCUAUAUCAGAGAAUAAGGCCUCUAUCAAGCAGGCACACUGCGAGUGAGCUGGACAAGAGCAUACUGGGCAGACUGUCCUUCAGCAAGGCACGCCUGGAAUUCAGCAUUGCACACAUCUAUGGUGUUAUUGCGCUUUGCAGUUUUGUCGAUGACCAAAGCUAGUUGAUGGAAAGCAGUAUCACAACUGGGCAGCUGAGAACUGGACGUAUUUCUCUGGCGUGGGGGGGGGGGGCCAGGAAGGUCUCUUCAUUAAGGUUGCCAGCCCCGUUAAGAGCCUCAUUGGUAGCCCAUGCCUCUGAUGGGACAGGGGAUCUAGGAUCUGUGCAGAUUUUGUCCAGGAAUUGGGCCUCGUAAAGUGAAGGGCCAGUUGGAGCUGGUCCAUGCACCUUCUAAUAUCCUCUGUUGCAGCCACAGUUGAGUUUAACUGUUCCAUUUUCAUAACAAGGGAAUCAUAUUUGGCAAGUAGUUCAGCAAGGCAUGGCUGGAUGCCCUCCACCAUCAGAGCUGUAGCUGCUAUGGGUUUUAUUCCCUGCAGAAUAUUGCAGAAAGAUUCACCCAGCUCCUCCAGAUUAGGUUUAUAGUUGAGUUCAUUGAGUGGAUCUAUUUUUCCAUCUCAAAGAUCUUAGCUAUCAAAAUGCCCAUAUCAGGGCUGGUUACUAGUGUUUUCAAUAGAAUUUUAGUUACCUUGCCAAGGGGGUGAUCAAUAUUAGGGUCUCCCUUGAGGUCAAAAGCCUCUUCAAUGGACAACAACCCCUUUAUGAGCUUCUCUGAGGAUUCACUAUCCUGAGAACUGAUGCCAUUUUUGCCCUUACACAUCAAGGGGGACUUUACCAGAGCUACAGCAAUUCUGAAGCUGCCAAAGAUUAAGCAAUGAAAUUUUGCCUUUAUCUCCUUCCCAGUGUGAUAUUUUUGACAGUUUGUCCUUAUGUUCGGAGCCUCUGAGCCAAUGUGGGCAAAGCGGAGGUCAUCCUAUGAAAUGAUCCCUCCUCAUGUUAUUCUUGACAACAGAUGGAAUAAGUACUAAAUGAUUCUUGCUGACAGGCUGUUUUGUGUGGCGGGGUCCAGGAGCUGCAUCGGCUUUAUUUCUUGGAAUGGCAUCACUGAAGCUACAUUCCAACUUUAGUGUGAUCUCAUGGAUCAUGGACUUGGAAUGGGGCCCGAGACCUGAGCUCUGCACCAUAAGCCCAUCUCCAAUCAUUGCAACUUUGUAGUCUAGGACAAUAAGGCACAAAGCAAUUCCUAUCUUAAAGCCUUGAAAAUGUACAGAGAGGAAGCUAGAAAACCAAACUGUAAAUGUCUGUUGGUGUCUUGAGGUAAAGAUCCCCAAGCUAAACAGUCGCAUCCAGUUAGUGUUUCAGUUCUUCUCCACUUUCCUGUCUAAGCAUUGUGGGCUGAUUCUUAGAACCUCGAUCAAUGCUUGGUGGGAGGAAAUUUUAAUCCACCUGUUGAGGAUAAUACUCAGACUGUCAUGUACUAAUUUUUUCUCUUGUCAGGUCAACAUUGGUUAUAGAUUGACCUUAAAAAGUGGUGUAGCACUUACUUUAUUUCUCACAGAGGAGUUACUAUGUUACAAUUGUCAAUAUGACAAUGUUACAGUUGCCCUUGUGACAAUCCUGUUGACUUGAAGAUGUUACUAUCUCUAAAAGCUUUCAGCUAUUUUUACCUGGUGCCUGCUACCUGCUAUGUUCAGACAUUGAGCCAAAGACAAAUCCUGUGGACGGCCAUGGCCAUAUUUAGACAGGCUCUCAUCAGUUAGCAAAGCAAAAGUGCUGGCAUUUGGGGCUAGAGCGUCAGCCCAGGGUUGGAGAAACCCAUGCCUGAUGUGUACAAGGCCCUGGGUUUAACCCUGCCGUUUACAUUUGCUGAUUGGCUAUCACAGUGGCAAAGCAAUAACCUUCUGCUGGUAGUGUUCUCCAAAUAGGUUGAACUGCCGGUUACUACCCAAGCAAAAUCAGAUGUCCCUGUGUUCUUUCUGCUGUUUCUUAGGAGGUAUAUAGUGCACACUCAGAAUGCCUAGUCUGAAGCAUGAGUAGUGCCUUCUGGGGUGAGUAUUUGUGAACUGUCCCUCUUUCUUUCUGCCCUAUGAACUCAUGUCUGAGUAGAGACAUUUCUUCUUUGAUCUCCUCUUCAUUUUCUCUACAGAGGGAUCCCUUUCUGAGUGGGACUUAUCACCCAUUUCCUUCUACUUUUGAUACCAUUUCCUAGGGUCAGAAGGAAUAGUAUCUCUCAUGGCUGACACAGACCAGCCAGUCACCGUUAGCAGGUAUGAGUGAGGGUGAAUUUCUCCUGAAGCCAUUCUAUGGGGAUGGAGCACAGAAUCUACCCUAAAAAAUGGGCCACAGCCCACUUCCCUCUGGGUUCCUCACUGGCCCUUAUAGUCACCUUGGGCUUAGGCCACACCACUCCUUCCUGCUCUGUUGAUGGAUGGGGCUGGCAGCCUAACACAGCAAAGCCCCACCACCCUGUGAGACUUAAAGCCACAGUGGGUGAGAUUCAUCAUCUGUCAGAACAGCCAGCUCCACAGACUUGUGCAAGGCACAAGAUAGUUCAUCCAACUCUCUGUUUCUGUGGUUGUUCUUCUAAAUCCUUGAGGAAGGAACUGUAUGUGGGCCCUUCCCCCAUGCCAUUCUCUUUUCUUCCCACAAUGUUUUCACUAUAUAUUGUACCGUCAGUAUGACAAAAUGCCCAAAAUAAACGGCUUAAAAAGAGUAAAUGUUUAUUUUGGCUCACAGUUUCAGCCAUGUUGGCUCCAGAGUGCUUGUCCCUGUUGCUUUGGGGCUGGGGAAGAAUCAGUACAUCAUGGCAGAGGGUUCCUGUUCAUUUCAUGGCAGCUGGGAAGCAGACAAGGAUUACUUGGGGUUCUUGUACACUCCAAUGGCGUAACUUCCUCCAACAAGGUCCCACUCUAAAAUUUCCACCCUCCUUCAGCUGGGGACCAAGCCUCCAACAUGGGUAUUUGGGGGGCACAUUUAAGAUCCAAAUAGGACCAGCCACCACUAACAGAUUUUUAAAGAAGCAAUUGUAUAGAGAGUAUAAGAGCUGACUACACCUUUCUAGGCAAGAGAGAGACGGGUGUUCAAGCAGAAGGGGAGGGGUAAUCGUUCUGGUCCCAAACACAGGCGGGAAGCUCAGAGAAGAUGCGUAGAGCCUGCUGCUCCCCAUCAUCUGGUGUCUAUACAGCUGAUCAUACUUCCAGGUAACCUGGCUGUCAGUAUGUCUGUCCCAGAAGUCCCACCUCUGUCAGGCUUCACAGCUCCACUGGAUGAAUACUUUGUCCACCCUGGAGAUGACUUGGCCCAAGAGAGAGGGGCAGAAUAGGAGAGUGGAGUGACGUCUUCAAUCUGAGCUAAGGCUGUAGACAUGAAGUGCCCCAGAGAGCCGAGCUCCCCAAGAACUUCUUCCAGCAGCAACAACCACUUGGUUCUGUAGAGGGUACAAUAUAGACAGCAUUCAUGACACGUUCCCACCAUGAAGCAGACAUGACAUCAUGCUGUGCUCUGGAGACACAGAGGAAAGCAAUGCUGCCCAGACCCCCAUAGCUCCAACUUAGGUCUUUCCCUUUGUUCAUACAACACUUUCUUGAUCUGUAAGAUCUAAAACCUACAUUUGUGGAAGUUGACCCCAGCCUCUGUCUCCUGUACAUAAAAAAAUGGAAAAUAUGUAAGUGUGCUUAUUCCAGAGCCAUGCAUCUGGAGUGAUAAGGACUUAAACAGGGCUACCUUCACAUAUCAUUCCUGCUGCCUAGUGUUUUCAGGCCCAUCUUCCAGAAUUACUUAUUUCCAAAAACUUCUGCAGGUUGUGAGACAUUUUAGUAAUGGCAAGAUCUUCACAGUUUGCAGUUAAAUUUGAUUUGGGGAGUUGUCAAAGUUAUUAUAAAUCAUUACUGGUAAAUGAAGUGUGGCUGAUCAUGCUAGCUGCUAGCAUUUUAGAGCAGGCUAUGGCUUUCAUCUUGUUGGUUUCAUUUUAGCACAACUAACUGUCCCAAAAUGAUGAUAAUGACGUAUUCCAAGUGGAGCCCUUUCUGGCACCUCCUAAUACCCCAGUGUCAGCAAAAGAGAAAAUCUUUUCAGUAACAAAUGGUAAUUUCUUUUCCCUUAUUUAUGUAAUCACUAGUUUACGAAAUGUGCUUUUACUUUGGCUAUAUUCUAAGUCUCCAUUUCCUGGGCAAAGCAUGCCCCUCGCUGAAGUUAACCCUUCACGGCUGCCUACCAUCUCCCUAGUCUAACCAUCUCAGGGUGUCCCCUUGAGGCCCAUAGACCUGGCCAGCAUAGAGAGCCACUGUCGUUAGCCCUGGGUCAUGGUACAUUGGUGUCUAAGGUCUUGGCUGCAUUUUAUCCUUCCACCUAAGCUGUGAGUGAGAGAGAGGUCAUGUCUCACUGUUGCGUCUACCUCACUGCCCAGUGAAGCACCAUAGUUAAUGUUCUGCUGAGGCUCACCACAUGACAUGGGCAGUCUUAAGAAAAAAAGCACACAGACAGUGGCAGUGUUCCUUAGGAAUGUAUGUCUCCCUGCUGCCAAUUCCAAUAGAUUCAUGUGUCCUACCAGGGAAACCUGUCUUGUGAGUCCUAAUUCAGGUCUCAGGAAAAGGCCACUCUGAUGUGCUCACUAAGCCUUAAUGCCCUGUCGAAAUGUGAGCUGGGAAAGUGAGGGCUAUUAAUACUGACACACAUGAACUGCAACUAGGAAAGCUAAUUUGUAGAGUUGCACAGACCAGAAUUAACUGAAGUCUUUGAGCUGGCCUUUAUCACCACUGCCCUUGGUCGGUGUUCCUGCUAAUGUGUUGAUUUUUUUGAAGAUGCAUAAAAUUGUAAAUAAAAGCCCAGUGUAUCCUUUGGAGAAUACUUCCAUUAGCUUAAUAAUUGCUGUUUCUAGUAGCUAAUCCUAUUGCAUCCUGCUUGUCUUUGUCAGCGAGAAUUGUUGGCCACCAGAGGACAGUUUCACCAUGAGUCAGUCUCUCAAGCAGGGCCUUUGUCCCCAGCACCUCCCAAGCCUUACCUUACCAGACUGCUGUCUUCAUGCCCUUAGGACUCCUGCACACUGCUCUCUUUAGCCUUUAGUCCUAUGCCAGUCUCAUGGACUGGCCUUUCCUGUGUAUCUUCAAGAACAGUGACUGUCUUGUCUUUGUAUUUUAUAACCUAGCACAGUUCUAUGGUACCAAAUCCUGAAGUGAAUGAACCAUUUAGUGGUUUAGUUUGAUUUCCUUUGUUUUCAGGCAGGGUCUCAUUCUAACCCAGGCUAGCCUGGAACUCUUGAGUCCCAGGCUGGCCUCAAACUCCUACCUCAGCUUCUCAUGCUGGGAUUACAGGCAUGAGCUACCACACCUGGCUCUCUAGUACUUACAUAUUAAGGUAAAUUUCUUAAUUCUAUAUUUAUUAAAAAUGUAAUAUUAAAUGUAUCCUUUAACAGUCCUGCUGCUGUGUUUCUCACCUACAAGGAUAUUUGCACAAUUAUGUAAAAAAAAAAAAAAAUACAGGUGUAAGCAUUGUCUGUAGUAGUUUAAAAAAAUGGAAGUAACAUAAAUAUGGAAAUGUAAUUGACCUGAAUUAUGGAAUGUCCAGAGAAUAAAGUAUUGUUUAACUACUGAGAAAGAUUAAA